CUUUCGCUAUCUUCGUCCCUCGCUACACGCCGGGGCAGGUGCGGCGGCCGUCCCGGAAGAGGCAACCGAAAAACGUUGGAGCAGGACCCCUGAGAGAGGGCAGGGGGGCUCGAAGAGUUGGUGGGCGUGAGGCAGAUACUCAGGCGUGGAGGACACUGUCGCUGUUGUCCCCAAUCCUGGUCCCAGCGAUGGGGGUGCAUCGGGAGCCGGGGGAACUUUAAAGGCAGAGGGUCCAGGGGUGUGAAAGCUAUAAGCUCCUGGGGACUCAGGAGUCACGGCCCCAACGUCAGUGACGGAAACGUCUCCGAACCCGCCGGGGCCUCAGCGCCGCCAGAGAGGAAGUUCUUUGCAACUUCGUCUGAGACGUCGGAGAGCCGAGUGGAGCGAGGCUGGGGCUGCAACUCCAAGCCCCAGAGACUCAGAGAAGCAGAGAAAGAAUCCGGUGGAGACCGAGGGGUCGAGAGAGACUCUAGAGGCAGCGAGGCCGUGGAACCAGCCUGGCAGCCCGCGGGCCUCGCUGCCCCUUGAGUGAAACCAAGGGCCGUGUGUCCCGCAGGCCUCCUCAAAGCCGCUCCUACCGGAAGCCGGGGGCUCCUUGCCGUCCCAGAGACGGGCCCCUACGAUAUGCCCCCAAAGCUGCCAGUUCCUUGGCCGCAUCUACUCUGGCCCGGCUCCGCAGCCGCUGCCUGAGACGGCCCAGGAGGGAAGCCACCAGGAGUUGGGCGCCCCACUCCCAGCCGGACUGCACUAGCGCCGUUUCCCGCCUCUAGGCGCAGCUCUCGGCGAUCUCCAGCGGAGCAGCUCUGAGAGAGGCCCCGGAGAUCCAGCAGCGUUUUCUGAGCCCAGAUCGCACACUACCCGGCCUGGCGGCGUGGCUCCCUAGCCGCGCUGGGCAGCCCCUUGGCGCCGGGAGGCGGCGGCGUCGGCCGGCCUGCAGUCUGGAGCGCCCCGAUGGAAAUACACUGUAAGCACGACCCGUUUGCAUCCAUGCAUAGACAUGGAGGAGUGAAUCAGCUUGGGGGGGUUUUUGUGAAUGGACGGCCACUCCCAGAUGUAGUCCGCCAAAGGAUAGUGGAACUCGCUCAUCAAGGUGUCAGGCCCUGUGACAUCUCAAGGCAGCUUCGAGUCAGCCAUGGUUGUGUCAGCAAAAUUCUCGGCAGGUAUUAUGAGACGGGGAGCAUCAAGCCUGGAGUAAUUGGAGGAUCCAAACCAAAGGUCGCCACGCCCAAAGUGGUGGAAAAAAUCGCUGAGUAUAAACGCCAAAAUCCCACCAUGUUUGCCUGGGAGAUCAGGGACCGGCUGCUGGCGGAACGGGUGUGUGACAAUGACACGGUGCCCAGCGUCAGUUCCAUCAACAGGAUCAUCCGGACGAAAGUACAACAACCACCCAACCAGCCAGUCCCAGCUUCCAGUCACAGCAUAGUGUCCACGGGCUCCGUGACGCAGGUGUCGUCGGUGAGCACGGACUCGGCCGGCUCCUCGUACUCUAUCAGCGGCAUCCUGGGCAUCACGUCCCCCAGCGCCGACACCAACAAGCGCAAGAGGGAUGAAGGUAUUCAGGAAUCUCCAGUGCCCAACGGUCACUCACUGCCGGGCAGAGAUUUCCUCCGGAAGCAGAUGCGGGGAGACCUGUUCACACAGCAGCAGCUGGAGGUGCUGGACCGCGUGUUUGAGAGGCAGCACUACUCGGACAUCUUCACCACCACGGAGCCCAUCAAGCCCGAGCAGUGGUGCCCCGUGCUGAUGAGACAAUACUUGGUGCAGCCCCAGGCAGUCCUUUUCCAGACCACUGAGUAUUCAGCGAUGGCCUCGCUGGCUGGAGGGCUGGACGACAUGAAGGCCAACCUGACCAGUCCCACCCCUGCCGACAUCGGGAGCAGCGUGCCUGGACCACAGUCCUACCCCAUUGUGACAGGCCGUGACUUGGCGAGCACGACCCUCCCCGGGUACCCUCCGCACGUCCCCCCCGCCGGACAGGGCAGCUACUCAGCACCGACGCUGACAGGGAUGGUGCCUGGGAGUGAGUUUUCCGGGAGCCCCUACAGCCACCCUCAGUAUCCCUCGUACAACGACUCCUGGAGGUUCCCCAACCCGGGGCUGCUCGGCUCCCCGUACUAUUACAGCGCCGCGGCCCGAGGAGCUGCCCCACCUGCAGCCGCCACUGCCUACGACCGUCACUGACCCUCGGAGCCAGGCGGGCGCCAAGCACUUAUAACACAUAUCACUGAGGGCGAUAGCCUCUCAGCCCCUCUGAAGACAGCCAGAGAGGCCCAGUGAGACCAUCCCCCAGCAAUCCCCUCUCGCCUGAAACUCCCUCCCAACCUUUUCCUGCCAGGGAGCUGGGGUUCUAUGGUAAGGCCAUUGGACUUCUCGACACACAUCCAUUUCUAAGAGUCAAUCAGUGAGCUUCUCCCAACAGCAACCAGGUCUCUGCAAAGCCACAGACUAUUCUGCAGACAACUGUAGCCCUAGCCUUGCCUGCCAGUCCCCAGCUGACUGACCAUCCACCUGUCUUCCUGCCCCAGGCCUGGGAAGGAGAGCUUGCUUUUGUCACUUCAACAGCACCCGUGUAAAUACCUUCUUGCUUUUCUGUGGGCCUGAGGGUCCAACUGAGCAGACUGCCCACCCAUUAUGCAUCCAGUACUCCUGAUGUGUCACAGGACAUCUUAGACCUGUGUGCAGAGCAUCCCCUCUGUCCUGGCUGCCCCCUACAGGUGGGCUCGGAGUUGUCCUUGAGACUAAGGAUGCCCACCUCCGGGCACAGCCUCCUGCUCAUUGCUACUUCUUUAACGUCUGGACUAAGAGGCUCAUCAGGCUGGUUAUGCUUCAAGCUUCCCCCCUGAGAUCCCUCCUUGGGAGAAACACACUGGAGAGAUGCCCUGCCUUCCUGACUCCAUUUUUUUGGCCCCAGUGCAGUGUGAGCAGCUCUUUUCCAUAUCAAAGGACUCAGAACAAUGAACUGUCUGGGAGAUUCCUCAGCUACAAAGUCUAAAGAUACUGUCCAAGGUGCUGACUGCAUUGUGGACUUGGAAUCCUGGGGCUGGACAGGACCCAGAAGACCAUAGUCCAAGGCUGGGACUCCCAAGCCCCUGGAACCACUGAACUGAACUGGGAUGUAUUUUCUGAGGCAUGCCCAGGCUCAAAUCACAUUGGACACCCACCAUGGACAUUUCUCCCACCCUCCAGGAUGCCAGAAAGUGGAUUCUGGACAAGCCUGUCCCUGGCACAUAGACAAUAAUUAACAGAAAAGACAUUAUUGCACUGAGGACCACUCACACCUACAGCAGUCAGCCAGAGCUUCCCAAUUAGCCCCUCCCUGUCCCCGUGGAGCCUAGUAUACAGCUAGGAAUAGAGGUGCUGGCGUAGGAGCAGAUGCCUAACUUUGUACAGUGGGUAUAUACCUACUGAUGCAAGGGGUGGUGACGGUCAGGGCCAUGGCCAAGGACCCUGGGAGCUUGGAGACCUCGGUGGAUUCUGGAGUGGUCAGAAAAAACACUUGGGAAGAUGUGGGGGACAGAGGAAGGCCUUUCAGGAGGGGAGCAAGAUCAGCAGUAAGGAGCUGCUGUGUGAACUGGGAGUGGUUUUGAAAUAGGCGUGCCAGGGGCCACCAUCCCUUUGCCUGGAGCCUCGAUUCUUUCAGUGGUCUUUCUUGCCAAGUCAGAACAAGCUGAAGGCCCUGUCCCAAUCUAGGCUUGAUUACGUAGAUGAAAAUGGACUUUGCCGUCUUGUGUGACAGGGUCUCUGAUGUUUGCAUGUCACCAAGUUGGCAAAGAGCUGGGGCAGCGCACAGCCUGGUGUUACUGGGCCUGGGAGGUCUUGUCCUGGCCACACCACUUCUUUGCUGUGUGACCUCGGACAAGACCUUCCCCUUUGAGCCUCGGCUGCCUUGGUAUAGCUGGGUCACCUACAAGGCCAUCCUCCAGUUAUCUCCUUGCCUUCCUCUUUCCCAGGGUGCUGGGACUGUAACUGGGCCAUCCGGGGGCAGGUCUUCUACUUCUGAGCAAGCAUAGGGGGUGGGCAUCUAUGUCCUACUAAUAUUUGGACCAAAUGGGAAAUAAGAACACGCAGAGGGAUGGGAAUCUGCCUUGAAAAGAUCUAGUCCAGCUCCUCCCAGGGGAAAUUGAGGCCCAGUUUGGGGAAGCCUAGGACAAUGCAGGGAAAUAGAACAGAUCUCUGGCCACCACGCGUUUUCUCCCCAACAUCCUACAAGGAGGUGGGAGAGAAGAGGAAACCGGGGCUCAACGAGGUGGAGUCCCCAGGUGGUGACUGGCAGAGGUGGGGCUAAGAUUCAGCCUCCUGACCCCUGGCACAAGGUGAUCCCUCCAUCCCUGGGGAGGGAAGUUGACAGCAAGGGCAGUGGGAAAUCGUUCUGGGCCCACUGCCACAGAUGGAAAGUCCUGAGCUAUUAGUGACAAGGAGGCCAAGCCACCCAGGGCAGAGGUGGAGCCAGGGUGCUCCCUGCAGGCACACCCACCACCUUGGAACCUGCUGGGCGAAGAAGGGAGGUAGCUUCGGGCAGAGCCCACCUCCAGGAACAGGAUGAACUAGCUCCAGCCUCCACCUGCCAGGCAAGGUAGGAGAAGGUACGGUAGCUGGCCUCUCCUUUCCUCCUUUCCUCCCUCCUUCCCUCCUGCAGGAAUGGGUGGGCCCAGGGGUCUGCAGAUCAGGCCUUUGGCCUUUUGUACCCACACCUUUGGUCCACGUCCCCCCUUGUGGUCUCAGGCUAUUGGGAAGUUGGCCUUCCCUGAACCAACUGCUUAAAGCAAACACUGUCCUUCCUCAUCAGAGCCCAGCUGGUACCCUUCUGUUCCUUCUUGUGCCCUGUGAUGAGCUCUGUCCAUGCCUUUCCUAUGCCCCCUGAGGCUCUGCUGGUCUUCAGAUCGCAUUUGUACUUAUAAAACAACCCUUGAUUCCUGGGCUGCCGGGCAGAAGCACAAGAGCACAAGGAUGUACGCGCAUGUUCUCACACAAGUACCUGCUCUCCCCAGCCCAGAGUCCACGCGCUGCGUGGUGGAACUGCCUGGGAGCUUAGAGAGAAAGGUUCCAAAGGACACAAGCCGUUGAGUAAAUGCCAGAGAAUUCUGAAUGGAAAACAAGGCCAGGGCUUUCACCAGCACUCUGGCUGGAGGCCUGGGGUGCUCCUCCACAGGUCUUCAGCCCUAUGUUCCAGCUCUGACUUUCAGAAAGGACCCUGUGGAUUUUA